GAGGUUCCUACAUGGAUUGAGCAUCUCCCACCGCAUGUCCUCAAUCUACAUGAAAAAGGGGCAAUGCGAUAUGCCUCAAUGGGAGCACUAUAUGCAUGUGAUACCGGUUCCAAAGUUUCGUGAAACAGUGGCACAAGCUUAUAAGAAGCGAGGUCCUCUGCCCAUGCGUUUGUUCUGAUCUACUUGUCUGGUAGCCAUCGUUUAUCGCUCCCUGGCCUACACUUACCUUCUUCUCGACGCUACAACAACUUCGAGUAAUAGAAAGCCGAGCAUCUCAAUAAUGCAGCUAUUUCACACACUUCUCGUUCUGCUCGCUAGCACCCUUGCUACUGCACAGCUUCCAAAUAUUCCUUCAUGCUCUAUAAACUGCUUCAUCAGUGCAUUCCAGCAUGAUGGAUGUUCACAGUUAACUGACUUUGCAUGUCAUUGCCAGAAGCCAGAUCUUCCUACCACCAUAACCCCCUGCGUCCAAAACGCAUGCAACGUUGCCGACCAGUCUGCUGUAUCUAGUGAAGUCGUCCGACAAUGCUCCAUUGCAGGCCAUCCUAUCUCUAUCCCUCCGGUGGGCGGUGGCCUCGAGACUACGACCUUGUCUAUGCCCAGGACUUCCACCACUGAUUCAGAAGCUGUCUCAUCAAGCGCUGCAUCAGCGACGCUCCCAACUGUAUCCUCUUCAGGUGCUGCAUCAUCUUCCAAGGUGUCGCAUUCCUCGUCCGCAUCUGCAUCAGCGUCGGCAUCUAGCUCCCACGCUCCGUCAACGCCGGGCUCACACAGUCAGUCUGGUCAUGCAUCAUCCACAGCAUCUCCAUCCUCUCCCCUUUCAACUGGCUCUGCGUCCACUGUCAAGGCGGGUAUAGCUGGGGCUAUACUUAUUGCUGCCGCAGCAGUGUGCGUGCUAUAGACAGACUUUCGGUGUAGCAAGGUAGACUGUUGGAUUCUUCCAUGGAGUAUGAGAAGUGUAUAGCAUGUCUCUCCUUCUGCUAUUUUGCUGCUGGUGACCUUUCUCGGGUACUUUUCUGUUGUUGUUCUUACUUCUGUUCCAUUGGGUACACCCUAAUAUGGAUUCUUACUGCGCCCCAUCCAUGUCCCUACAUGGUCCUAAUAUUAUUGAUGUUUUGUUCAAGAAAAAGCUCUGAAUUGACUUUGAAAUCAUCUUAUUGCUAUGGUGUGCAUUGUACUACCACUUUUCCCUAAUAUGUGCUUUCUAAGCUAGCAA